ACACCAAUGAUGUGGGCGUCAAUCCAUGGUUAUCGAGAUGUCGUUGGGAUAUUACUCCAGCAUGGUGCAAACCCGAACGCCAAAGACCUCAAUGGCCGAACCCCACUGGUCUGCGCGGCUGAGUAUAGUCGUGUGGACAUCAUACGGCGCCUUCUGGAGUGCGGUGCCGAGUUCGACAACCGAGAUGCCUACAGCGGCCGUACCCCACUGUCACUAGCUAGUCAAUACGGAUAUACGGCCGUGGUCAGGCCGUUGCUGCAGCAAGGGGCAGAUCCCAACUCGAAGGAU